AUGGGGCCAUUGUCAUAUUGGGAGUUUCGUGACACCUGGUCUGACAGCCCAUGGGGCGUUCCAGUUCGAAAUGCGACCUCUUUAGAUUACUAUCAUACCCUACGAAGCCUUGCUAUGAGUUUACGACUUUUCGAAGUUCCCAGGACUUUGCUCCCCAAACUCGCCUUAUCUCUCUUCAUUUGUUUCUGUUUGCUGCUUACAAAACGCUGGAGAAGACGGAAAAUUGAUACUACAACAUAUGCAGUAAAGGAGGCAAAGCGCGGCAAGGCAACAUCACAACGACCUACAUAUCGAACGGGCGGGAGCCCUGUUGACUAUCGAUCUCUGUACUACAAACUACAGAAUAUCGAAGACCACCAAGAUAUACUGCCAGGAGCUCGGGAGCUGCUUCUUUCCCUGCUUUCGGACGCAAUUAAUUCAACGGCGUACGACAAAGAUCAAGGCCAAGGGAUAUUUGGAAUUCGAUCAUACACCGACGAAAAGCUCUUUUCGUUUCUCCAGACAAGCCACCAAGGAGUAGAGGACUCCUAUGAGAAAUACAUUCAAGACAGGAGGGAUGGGAGUCCAAGGGUGCUGGUAUCAAAUCGACAGCACGCCACUGAGGUUCUAACACGGCUCGCACCACUUAAAUUGGUAGAUGGAGCCUGGCUAGGUCACAUUAAUCAUAUCAACACGCCUUUCGCACACAGACACGUCACGAAGCAAUUAUGGCAGAUUCUCUCUGAGGAGCUUGGGGGUGGAAAAUUAAGCCUUCAUCAUACCUACAUCUAUAAAGAGCUAUUGAAGGGUCUUGACGUGAACUUACCAGAACCGUAUGAGCGAAGUUUUGGCGAAGCAGUGCCCAACACGAACGACAUGCGGAUUUUCAAAGCGGGAGUAGUUGCACUGCUCAUUUCAUUAUUCCCGCAAGAGUUUUUACCUGAGAUUUUUGGGUUCAAUCUCCACUUCGAAGGACUUAAUUUUGAAACGAUGACUUUGGCACGCGAGCUGCGGGAGCUCGAGAUUGAUGCACAAUAUUUUCUACAUCACCUUUCCAUUGAUAACGCGCAUUCCGGGCAUGCCAUGAUGGCAGCAUUUACAGUGUCCCAAUAUCUAGCGCUAAUUGUGCGUGAUGAAGGCCCCAAGGCUGCAAGGAUUGCUUGGAGACGUGUCCAGGCAGGAUAUGCGCUAUCUAAGCAUCUUAGGGAUGGCAUUGAGUCGGUGGUAGCUGCAGACGAAGGGGAGAUUGACUACCAUGCGGAGAACAAUAACAGCCCUGGACCGUAUGAUGAGAAAGUCGUAAACCUUCUGAUUGCGAAAGCAGCAGUGGCACAGAAGAUUCAUACUGCAUGCCCCGCUAGAAUCGGUGGUAAACCAUUGGUCGACUGGCUAGAUACCAGUCAUAUCGUAUCCGAUAGCGACAAAUUGGAUUUUCUUCGAGAAUUGGGGAACGCUGCCCCAUGGGUAGUCAAAGGCAAUCCAGAUAAGAGUAGGUUGAUCCGGGAAGUGCGUCGUGGAGGGAAAAUGUUUGGAGCUUUCACACUAAAGGAGGUGAAUUUGUUAGAACGUUGGAUAAGCACCCUGGAUCCCCGGGCAACUAGCAAUGAUGCACAGGCUGCUUACUGGAGGUUCACUGGACGAAAGAGAUUUCUCCAACAUCCAGCUAUGGCGCCAUCUCUAGACCCGUUCCUGAAUUUCGAUUGUUCUGCAUACCCUGCUCUUCCACUUGGUGAAGAUUAUAUCCACGACCCUCUCUUACUCAAUCUUGGCAAGAACUGGCCCAAGUUUAUCUCCAUGUGGUUUGCCCACACCUCUCUCCUAGAAUCGUUUGUCGCGGUUCCCUCUCGUGUUGCUACCGAGUUGGGCGCAGCCGUUACUUGCACCCUUAGGGCUCAGUAUGGCCUCAGCCCUGAAGAAGAUGGGGUAUUAGGCAUGGAUGAGCUUCACCACACCGUCAGCGCCGCCCCUACUCCCGAUCUAGUCGAUAUUGGACUAGAGAUCCUGUCUUGCAAGGGUAUUAGCCCUCUACCAGGAUCAUUAUCGGAUAUUCUCACACAGUGUCCGUGUGACUUCUCAUCAAAGAUGUUAAGCGCAUCAGUAUAUCCAGUGAGGAAUGGUGAGAUCCUGCUAGGAAUGCUAUUGGCCUUCCUGGGCUUGCAGAGAGCUGUGUUGGAGUGUCCAGGAAUGCUCUCCGAGACAGGGAAGCAGGCGUUAGAGGGGAUUAUCGAGAGGGAAAUCACCGGUUUAAAGACAUGUCGUGAUUUGUUGGCAGCGGAUAAAAGGAAAGCCCAGUUAUUUGCCGCGGGAUAUUGGAUGGCAAGAAAGGAGAUUUAUAGGAAAUUAGGUCAAUAG